AUCGCGGAGGAGACGAGGAAAGUAGUGCUUGGGGAUGGCAAGUACGUUGAAGAGCGCCGCGCUCCCUCUGUUCUGUCCGCUAUAGCUCAAUCUUCGCAAGGCCAAGUGUUCUCCUCGGUCACCCACAUCCACCACGACAUCUCCGCAUCUAUCCUCCUCUCUCGACAGGGCACUACCUUCUAUCCCCACUACUCCCCCGACCUCGCUGAAUGGAAGAAGUACCUACCUACCAUGCCUCGUCCCCCUGCUACCAUCCAGUUCAUCUCGAACUCUACUCUCACCGCAGCACGCCAGCUUGCCGCGGCGCGCGGUCAACCCUAUGCGCAAUCUACCGACAUCGGUGUCCUGUCUUUCGCCAACCCUAAACGGUCGGGCGGCGGCUAUCUGCAUGGCGGUGAUGAGCAGGAAGAGACGAUUGCUCGUCUUAGUACUCUCGUCGCAAGCCUAGACGCUCCCGCUGCGAAGGACUUUUACAAGGAGCACCGGAAUUUCCGCUCCUCCGAUGGCAGUGGACUGCACGACCACUCCAUGGUCUACUCCCCUUCUGUCGUUGUCUUCCGCCGUGACGCCGACGACACCACCUUCACCGACCGUGCACCUAUCUUCGAUCUCCCUGGCGGCAACGAUGACCUCGGUGGCGAGUUCAUCUCUCCAUACGUCGUCAACGUCCUAUCCGCGGUUCCCGUCAACGCCGCCGCCGUACGCGCCAAGCACGACAUUGAGCCGGGCAAGGAGAACCUCUUUGAGGACGGUAUCCGCUCCGUGAUGAAGGAACGCAUGGCGCGUGCCUUGCGCGCGUUCGAGCUCACCGGCAACAAGAUCCUCGUCCUCGGCGCGUUUGGAUGCGGGACAUGCGAGAACAAGGUGGAGAUGGUCGCGGAGAUCUGGGCUGAGCUGCUCGUCUGCGGGGAGACCAUCAACGACGUCCGGCACGAGGCGCGGUUCAAGAACUCGUUCGAGCAGAUCGUCUUCGCCGUGCCCAGGAAGAUGUCGGACUCUUUCCAGAAGGCGUUUUCAAAUCGC